GUUUUAGUAAAAAUACGAAAAAAAAGCACUUACUAAAAGCAAUAAAAAGCCAGAAAAACUGGUAUUUAUAAAAGUGUCAACUUUUUUAUUUCUCGAUACUUUUUACUAUUUCUUUAUCUUAGAAUUCAUAGUAUUUUGUACGCCUCAAACUCUUAUAUAUGUUUAAAGUAAACGACUAUCAGACAGCCACAUUGACACCAACAAAAUUAUUGUUAAGUGAUCCCUUGACUAGCUCCAAUUGGAACUUCAAUCAAGCUACUAUGGCAGAUUUCAUGGACGAGGCAGUGGGUUCCCAUCCUUUGGAUACCACGAACUUCAAUAAAUAUAACUUGAACAGAACUCCCCGGCCAGAACUUGCAUUACCUCCUUCUCCACCGAGCCCCACGCAUUCCCCACUGCCUACAGAAUCAAUGACGACGAGGACAGCUCCCAAUCCGUUACUGACACAUUUAUCAGACGCAACAGCUCCUACUGCUAAUACUGCUGCUACUGCCACUUCACCGAAAUCCAAUACGAGUACUGCUUCCUCUAACACAUCCAUACCCUCAACAGCAACCGCUAAACAACAAAGGAAGAGGCUUUUAGAAAAGAACCGCGAAGCUGCUUCUCGUUGUCGCCAAAAGAAAAAGAGAUGGGUGAAUGGUUUAGAAGAAAGAUCUCAGAUCGCUCAAGCCAAGAACGAAGAGCUCCAAGGACAGAUUAAACAACUUAGAGAGGAGAGUAUCUAUUUACGUAACUUGUUAUUAACCCAUGGUAAUUGUAACUGUGAAGUCGUGCAAACGUAUUUGCGUCGUACAUCGGAACAGUUAUCAAAUAAAGUUUCAUUGUCAUCAUCAUCAGCAGCAGCUUUAAUCGGCAGCAGCAUCAGCAACAGUAACAGCAGCGGUAGCGGCGGUGGAAGCAUCAGGGGACGAAAAGGAUCGACUCAUCAUCAUUCGUCGUCCCUUAUUGUUGGUUUUGGCGACACAUCGUCUGUGACUUCAUCAGAAAAUGGUACCAGUAAUCUGUUUAACAAUGGUAGAGCAACGCCUCCUUAUGAUUACCAGCAUUACCAGCACGACAUGAUGACACAACAUCCAUUGUACUAAUUUAUUCCUUUCUAGAACAUAAAGUUACUCUAAAAAGGAAGCUAAAACACUCUCCCUCAUGUCUAUUUAUUUCGCCCUAUUUUUGUAAAUACAUUCUCUUUUGACACUUUACUUACACAUAAACAUAUUUCUUCUAUGUACAAAUAUAGCAGAUCGUUUUAGUUUAUGAAAAAAAAAAACAACCAAGGUUGACUUUUUCUGCUUUUAGUUCUUUACCCGUUUAUAUCUAUAUCCAUCAUUUCACUUAGCUUAUGUACGUAUAUCUUUAUUGCUUAUGAAAAAUUUAUAUGCUCCAAUUUUUAUUCUUAUCAUUCGUUUCUCUGCACGGAAUAUCUAAAAUAAUAAAAAAGUUUGGCAAUCAACAAAC